AUGGCUGUGCGCGCGCAAUUCGAGAACUCGAACGAGGUCGGUGUCUUCUCCCGCCUGACCAAUUCCUACGCCCUCGUUGCUGUCGGUGCCUCGGAGAACUUUUACAGUGUAUUCGAAUCGGAGCUCCAGGACGUCAUCCCGAUCUGCCAUGCGACUAUUGCGGGGACACGGAUUAUUGGGCGGUUAACUGUUGGAAACCGCAAAGGCCUGCUCGUCCCGACUACAACGACCGAUCAAGAACUGCAGCAUUUGCGCAACACGCUCCCGGACUCGGUCAAAAUCCAGCGCAUAGAAGAGCGGCUGUCGGCACUGGGGAAUGUGAUCUGCUGCAACGACCAUGUGGCACUGGUGCAUCCUGACCUGGAGCGCGAGACGGAAGAGAUAAUCGCCGACGUCCUCGGCGUCGAAGUCUUCCGCCAAACCGUCGCCGACAACGUCCUUACCGGCUCAUACAUGGCGCUCUCCAACCAGGGCGGCAUCGUGCACCCCAAGACCUCGAUCCGCGACCAGGACGAGCUCUCCUCGCUGCUGCAGGUGCCGCUCGUCGCCGGUAGCGUCAACCGCGGCUCGCCCGUCGUCGGCGCCGGCAUGGUGGUGAAUGACUGGCUUGCUGUUACGGGGCUGGACACUACCGCCACCGAGCUGAGUGUUGUUGAGAGUGUGUUCCGGCUCGGCGAGAUGGCUCCGGGUGGUGGGCCUGGGGCUGGGGCUGGUGCUGUUAAUAAGGAGAGUAUUGUGGAGAGUUUCUAUUAA